ACGCCCGCAGGCUUUGGGCCAGGAGGCGGCCGCGGAGAAGCCGGGAUCGUUUAUAAAGGAGCCACUGUGGCCAACGUGUCCAUCGGUCGUAGAUCAGCCAAACGCGCGCAGCGACUUUCUGCGAUGGAUCUGACUUCUGGAAACUCGCGGGCGUUUCUGCUGGUCGUCUCCUUGGUGAUACUUCUGGAGCAGGUCUGGCCCCAGUCGACGACGGGAGACAACAGAGAGAUCUGUCUACAGCCACCACUUAAAGGACCCUGCCGGGGUUUGUAUGUCAGGUGGUACUACAACAGAGCCAGCCAAACCUGCCAGGAAUUUAGUUUCGGGGGCUGCGUGGGAAACGACAACAACUUCUUGAGUUUUGAAGAGUGUUCAAAAACUUGCGGGAGAAUCAAGAAGGUGCCUAAAAAAUGCCGACUGAAAUCUGACGAAGGAAUCUGUAGAGGUUUAAUCCAAAAAUAUUAUUUCAACCUUGAGAUGAUGAGUUGUGAAAAAUUUUAUUAUGGAGGCUGUUUAGGAAACCAGAACCUAUUUGACGAUAAAGACUCCUGCAUGAACUUCUGCCUGCCGAAAAGAAAUAUCCCCUCCUUUUGCUUUAACCCCAAAGAUGUGGGAAGUUGUUCGAGUUCAGUUCCUCGUUUUUAUUACAACAUAGACACAGGAGAUUGUGAAGAAUUCACCUAUACAGGAUGUGGAGGAAAUAUUAAUAACUUCCUCACUCGGAAAUCAUGUCUCAAGACCUGCAAGAAAGGGAGAAAGAAACCACCUGCUACGGGAUCAAAACAUGUUGUCUCAUAAGGAUGAGGAGUCUACAGCCAACAUUCAAAUCCAACAAACACCACAUACAUUCUUAAAUCUGGAGAGGUCUCCAAACCAAAUGCACCGAUUUCACUCACUGGGAACUUUUAAUUUAUGGGUGGGUUUUGGUUUUGUUCACUUUUAUGUGGCUAUGCAACAAUUUUACUAUAUGAACAGUUUUGAAAUGUAGAACGGCAAGGUUACUUUGAUCUAGUUACAGCUCACUUAUGGAUUGGGCCGCAUGCACAUGCCAGUGCGCCCUGUUGCAGGAUAAAAUCCUGGGCUGUUGUCCCUCAUUCAGAAAAAAUUAAUAAAAAUUAAUAAAAAUUAAAAAUUAAUAAAAAAAAUUAAUAAAAAUUAUUCAAAAAAUAAAAAAAAAUUAAUAAAAAUUAUUCAGAUACUUGGACGCACAAGAGGCAGCUCAACACUCCCUUGCUGAACAUUGAUUCUUCUCUACUGGCUGCUGAAUAUGAUAGACCCUUUCUGAUGGUUUCACUAUAUGGAACACUAAAUUAAGACCUCCUCCUGAACUUUCUCAUCCUCACCUUCAUAAGGAGGGGUGGCAGAUGUGUGGUAGAUCUUUAGCUCUUAUUUAUAUGGAGUUUCCCCCAAGUUUUGUAAAAUGUUAAUAUAAAUAUUUAAACUUUCUCCAUUGUAUAGUUUAUGAAAAUGGUUCUGCUGUAUUGGAAGAGCUGAACUGUUGUUGAAUAGUUGAAGCAAGAAACGUGUCCCAUAGCUGAUUUUUUUAAAAAUGGAUCUUUGUCCGAUAUUUCUUGCAUUGUUCCCUUAACUGAAGAUUAGCCAAACUCUUGAUUUUCUCUGAUAUCAAUUCAUCUGCUGUGAACUUUUCAAGAGCAUCCUUAAGGGGCAGGCUUACCAUAAACUACCAAGUGAAUUGGAAGGGAGGGGGAAUGUAAAUAAGUCAAAACCCAAUCUGACAUUCUAAAAUUCUAUCCUGAGUUCAAAGCCCUUGUUUGAGGUUAUGAAAUAUGAAUGUGGACUAGUGGUUAAGAGUGCUAGACUAGGACUUGGGAGAAUAGGGUUCAAAUCACCACUCAGCCGUGUCUGGGUGAUUUUUGUACGCACACUGUCUCCCAGCCUAUCCUACCUCACAGGGUUGUUGUGAGGAUACAGAGGGGAGAAGUGUGUUUGCCACCUUGGAGAAUAGGUGGGAUAUAGAAGUGGUGAUAAUAAAAAUAAAAUACAUUUGUUCUUUGUAAUACACAUAAUCGUAAUGCUGCUGAUUAAAAAGCUGGCACUGGGAAGAGACCAGCAAUGAACUUGACAGUGGGGUUUGCUUGUUUUUCAAAGGUGAGUCAUAAGCUACGUGUGGUGAACUGAUGGCUGCAUCUUCCAUUUCUAGAGCUACAGUUCUAGAGCUACAGGUCUAGUUCUAGAGUUACAGGAUUAAUUUUCAUCAUGAGAUUAUUCCUGCUGGACAGUUAAGAGUGGAGAACGCUAGACAGAUAUUGAGAAUAUUUCCCUCUUUAAAGUGAUCUCUUGCACAGAACACAUUUUGAGGUACCUUAAUGUGCAUUCAACAUGUUUUCUGUUCUGAAGCUGAAGAAGAGUCAUCUGCCUUCACUUCAUGCUGUCUGUUUCCCUAAGGAUAUUUGCACCUGUGCCAAAACCUUACUUUGCCUAUACUGUACAAGAAUUGGUAAAAUUACAAUCUAACUUGCUAUGUGCAAGUGUGACUGACCUUCACUGUAAAUUUGUAAAAAUAAAAAAUAAAAUAAAAUAAGUUGUCAUGUUUGUUUCUCCUAUAUUUUUACACAUCAUUUUAUGUAGAUCUAGUUUCCCCCUAGCUAUCUUAUUUUGCAGUCCAUGUUUGUACACACUGCAUGCACAUGCUACAUUUUCAUUCCACUUUA